CUGAAACUGGUCGCAAUCGCAAUCGAAGCAGACGGACGAGCAUAAGUGACGUCAUCUUCGUGCGACAAGUUCGCAUCACCAACCGAGUUGUCAACAAUACGGUGGCGAACUCCUCGAUAGUCUCCUCCGGUGUUGGCAUUUGGAAGGGAAUGCCUGUGGUGGAGUUGCGUUAGCGCCCACCCUGCUGCCGCCUCCGGGAUGGGCCAGCAGAUCUCAGGUCCAGGGGCACGUCUCCCUGAGAAGCUCUUCAAACACAUCGGCCUGGUGCGGGACAGCAGCUACCUCACCUACGAGGAGUUUUUGGCUCGGGUGGCUGAGCUCAAUGACUUGGCUGCUAAGCUUGCAACGGGGCAACACAAGCACCUGCUGUUUGAGGUCCAGCCGGGUUCGGAUACCAGCGCCUUGUGGAAGGUGGCCGUUAGGAUCCUUUGCACCAAGAUCAACAAGGACAACGGCAUGCUGGAGGCGUCGCGCAUCAUGAACCUGUACCAGUUCAUCCAGCUUUACCGCGACAUGACCAGCCAGGCGGCCGACGUGCUCGCCGCGGAGGGCGGCGCCGCCACGGCCACCGAGGCCGCUUACGUGCCGCCUCCUGCCCCCGACGCCUGUCAGGCCAGCAUGUGGAUGGGCAGAGUGAAGGAGCUGACGGACGACGAGGAGUGCUGCAUCUGCAUGGACGGGAAGGCCGACCUCAUCCUGCCGUGCACUCACAGCUUCUGCCAGAAGUGCAUCGACAAAUGGAGCCGCAACUGCCCCAUGUGCCGCCUGCAAGUGACCGCCGCCAACGACUCGUGGGUGAUGUCCGACUUCCCCACCGAGAACGACAUGGCGGGAUACAUCCUCAACCUGGCCGACGAGGCGGGACACCCGCAUCGCCCUUGACGCGGCAAGUAAAACAAAACGAGUCACCUUCACUGGACGUUGCGUAGCCGUUGCAGGUCGAUGUGGUGCAUUGUGGGAAAAGACGUUCAUCUUCACGAGGGCGCGCGUCAGCAGAACCUUCAAAUCGGUUCGCAACCUGUGGAGAAAAUAUUACAACAAAUAUUGCUGGACUCUAGUUGUGUAAAUAGUUGUAUUAUUUGUAAAGAAUUUCAUUAGAACUGACCAUUAAUUUCAAUAUAUAUAUAUAUAUAUAUAUAUAUAUAUAUAUAUACACACACACACACACGCUGACGUUUAUUCCAAGUUUCUUUCAUUUCAAAGCGUUUUUUCCCACUUUAGACGUUCGAGUGUGUUCACCAAGCAAUGUUACUCAAAAUUAUGUUAUGACAAAGUUCUGACAUCAAAAAUUGUUCAUGGAGCUGAACUUAUUAUUGGAAAUAUUUUUGCAAUUCCUGGGUGUCAAACUCAUUUUUGUUGUUUCGGGUUGUCCUCGGUGAACCCACACAAACGUCUGAUUGCCGCAUAUUAUUACAUAUGUGCAACAAAUUGAUGGAAAACUUAUUUUGAAAUCUGGAAUCAGUAAAAAAAAAUGUUUGCUCAACUGUUAUUCAGUUCAUUUUAAAAAUGGAUUGGUAGCAAAACAUGAUAACAUUGCCCCAGUGCUAUUAAAAGUUUUGGUAUUUUAGAGGAAGCAAGAAGUUCACAUGAAGGGUAUGGAUUUUUUUUUAAAUGCUUUUUUCAUUUUUUUUCACUUGUUAGAACAUUCAGCGGCUUUUUAUGUGAUAUUCCUAAUUAGUUUCGUUUUAUGACAAAAUAAUGAUAACAUUAGAGGCAAUGAACACUGUCUUAUUUUAUAAUUUUGUUUAUGAUUCACUUUAAUAUGCAAAUGAAAUAUAUUCUUUAUGUACUGUACUUUUUCCAGACUUUGCUGAGCCUUAAUAAAUUGAUAAAUGUC